AGCCCGGCACUUCACGCGCCGUUCCACGGGGCUCGCGAACCAGGCUCGGCUGGGCGGUGCCGCCUUGGCUGCGAUCACGGCAACUGGCCAUCCUCCCACUUGGCGUGGCUCCUCCUGAAGCCAGGCCUGCGGCCCAUUCCCUGUCAGCCCGAAGGCUGAGGUCAACGGCAGGGAGACCGCGGGAACGAGGGCCGACGGAGGACCGAGGCCGAGGGAGAGUGCCGUGCUGUUGCCGCCAUGACAGAGGAGGAGGACCGAGCCAAGAAGGAAAAGGCUCCGCCCAAGAAGACCCGGGCUAAACGGAAGCAGGCUGCUGCUGACGAUGGGGGCAGUACAUCUGAAGAGGCCCCAGUCGUGAAGCGGACGCGUGGAAGGCCGGCCAAGGACCCGUCUCCACCAACGAGGUCCCGGCCAGCGAAGACGGCAGCGCAGCAAGCCAUUGCCACCAGGGCUUCUGCCAAGGCGAGGAAGGCUUCAGAUGAACCGCAACCCGACGCCGAUGUGAACGUCCCGUCCACCAGCAAGGGACCUUCACAGAAGGCGCCAAGGGUUAGCCGCAAGGCGCGAACACCGAGCUCCUCCCCGAGCCACGCCACCUCUGCCACUGCCAAAGCCACCAAGCGUCGACACCGCUCGCGCAGUCACUCCCCCGGCAGCAGCAGCCACCUUGCCAAGAGGGGAAAGAGCCGCGGCAGAUCCAGGCGCUCGUCCCGCAGCGGCCGCGGUGGCCACAAGCGCAAAGCUAGCCGCCGAGGAGAAUCCACCACCGCCUCGGAGACCAGCCACGGACGAAAGAGGGGACGCAAAAGCCGUCGCCAUCGCUCCAAGAGCACCUCUUCCGCAGCGAGUGCGACUACAAAGACUGGCGGGAAACGGCGGCGCCACGCCCGUAGCAUUCAUUCGUCGUCGACACGUAGAGGUCGGCGGGUCAAGUCCAAGAAGGCGGCGAGCAGCACCUCGUCGAGAUCCCGGCGUGGAAAGCCUGCGGCCAAAGCUACGAAAAGCCAGAAGCGCAAGUGA